GUCAAAUCUGACUGACGUUUCACGUGACCCGUGACGCGUCUGACACUUGACAGUUCGUUCUUUUCAAAGUCGAAUUGUCUCCCAGUGGCAUUAUACGCGUUUAGUCGUAACUCUAAUAAACGCAACGAUGUCGGGAGGAUUAGACGUGUUGACCCUCAACGAGGAAGAUGUAACUAAAAUGCUAGCCGCUACAACCCAUCUUGGGUCGGAAAAUGUGCAUUUCCAGAUGGAAACCUACGUGUACAAGCGUCGUGCUGAUGGUACGCACGUGAUCAACCUGCGCCGUACAUGGGAGAAGCUGGUGUUAGCCGCCCGUGCUGUGGUCGCCAUUGAGAAUCCUGCAGAUGUUUUCGUCAUUUCAUCUCGUCCAUUUGGACAGCGUGCUGUACUGAAGUUUGCAGCACAUACUGGUGCCACACCUAUUGCUGGACGAUUCACACCAGGGGCUUUCACUAAUCAGAUUCAAGCUGCAUUCAGGGAGCCUCGUCUCUUGAUUGUGUUGGAUCCAGCACAAGACCACCAGCCUAUCACUGAGGCGUCCUAUGUCAACAUUCCAGUCAUCGCAUUCUGCAACACUGAUUCACCACUCAGAUUUGUUGACAUUGCCAUCCCUUGCAACACCAAGUCAUCCCAUUCCAUUGGUCUGAUGUGGUGGCUUCUCGCACGUGAGGUCCUUCGUUUGAGGGGAGUCCUCGCCCGCGACCAGAGGUGGGAUGUAGUGGUUGACUUGUUCUUCUACAGAGAUCCAGAAGAGAGUGAGAAGGAAGAGCAACAGGCCAAAGAACAGGCUGUCAUUCCCGCUAAGGCUGAAGUGCCACCACCGCCAGUGCACGAGGACUGGACCGAGCCUCCGGAGCCCGUAACCUCGUGGACCGAGGAUGCCGCUCCUCCACCAGCUCCCGCUUUCGGUGCACCUCCACCAGCUCAGGAAGAUUGGGCUGCUCAGGUUCAAGAGGAGUGGGGCACUGCCGCGCCCGCGCCCGCCCCCGCUGCCGCUCCCUCGUGGGGAGGCUCUGCGCAGGACUGGACGGCUUCGUAGGUGUGCGCCUGUAUCGGUUAACGUCGUUAAUAAUAAAUAACUGAAAAUUU